AUGGACGCCGCCGGCCUCAGGCACUGCAUUCAGAAGACGCUCGAUGCCAACACCGACGUCCGGCGGCAGGCUGAGGGCGAGCUCAAGGCGGCAGAGGAGUCCGCGGGCUUUCUCGACGCGCUGCUGAACAUCCUCGAGCAAGAGCAAGACACGGGCAUCCGUCUAUCAACUGCUGUUUACUUCAAGAACCGCGUCCACAAGGGCUGGACCAAGGUCGAAGAUGUCCAGCCAAGCUCCACUACCAUCAGCGACCAGGAGAAGGCUCUCGUCCGAUCGCGACUCGUCCCCGUCAUAGCCACCGCCCCGCAGAACGUCCGGCCCCAACUCAUCAUCGCCCUCCAGAAGAUCCUCCACAACGACUUCCCCAAGCAGUGGCCCGACUUCGUGGAUGUGACCUACAAGCUGCUGAACGCCCAAGAUGUGCCUUCAGUCUUUGCCGGUUUGCAGUGCUUGCUCGCAGUGUGCAGGACGUACCGGUUCAAGCUGGGAGACAACAGAUGGGACUUUGACAAGAUUGUGGAGGCUACAUUCCCGCAGCUGCUGAGCAUCGGCAACAGCUUGGUGAAUGAAGACAACUUGGAGGCAGGAGAGAUGUUGAGGACUGUGUUGAAGGCAUACAAGCACGCCAUCUACUUCGAGCUGCCCGUGCAGCUCAGGUCACAACAGGCGAUGGUGGACUGGUGUACACUGUUCCUCAAGGUCGUAGCCAAGGAACCGCCGGCAAACUCGAUGAUGGAAGAUCUGGACGAACGUGAGCUGAACCACUGGUGGAAGUGCAAGAAGUGGGCAUACGUCAACCUUAACAGGCUUUUCGUACGAUACGGAAACCCGGCAAGCUUGCAAAAGGGCAACGGGGAGGACUACUCAGCUGUGGCUAAGACCUUCAUCACGAACUUUGCGCCAGAGAUUCUCAAGGGUUACCUUGGGCAGAUCGAAAAGUGGGUCCAGAAGCAGGUUUGGCUGAGCAAGCCAUGCUUGUCCUACACUCUUGGUUUCAUGGACGAAUGCGUCAAGCCAAAGGCAAUGUGGGACCACCUGCGGCCACACAUGCCCAUUCUUAUCGAACACCUGCUGUUCCCAGUGCUUUGCCAGACGGACGAGGAUCUGAUGCAAUUCGAGGAGGAGCCAGCGGAGUAUUUGCACCGGAAAUUGAACUUCUACGAAGAGGUCUCAGCACCUGACGUUGCCGCCACCAACUUCUUGGUCACCCUGACCAAGGCCAGGAGGAAGCAGACGUUUGAAGUCCUCACAUUCAUCAACAACAUCGUCAACAAGUACGAGGCCGCACCGGAUGACCAGAAGAACCCACGAGAGAAGGAGGGUGCUUUGAGGAUGAUUGGGACCCUUGCGAACGUGAUUCUUGGCAAGAAGAGCCCCAUCGCAGACCAAGUCGAAUACUUCUUCGUGCGCCACGUCUUCCCGGAGUUCCGAAGUCAGCAUGGCUUUUUGCGUGCUCGUGCGUGCGACACGCUUGAGAAGUUCGAAUCACUCGACUUCAAGGACCCCAACAACCUGACGAUCAUCUACCGAAACAUUCUCGAAUCGAUGGCAGACCCUGACUUGCCCGUGCGAGUGGAGGCAGCCCUUGCCCUCCAACCACUCAUUCGCCACGAUCCUAUCCGCACGAUGAUGCAGCAAAACAUUCCCCAAAUCAUGCAGCAACUCCUCAAGCUCGCCAACGAGGUCGAUGUUGAUGCUCUUGCGAAUGUCAUGGAAGACUUUGUUGAGGUCUUCGCUGCUGAGCUCACUCCCUUUGCAGUCGCGCUCAGUGAACAACUGCGUGAUACAUACGUUCGGAUUGUGCGCGAGCUCAUCGAACGCAACAGCUCAAAGGAGGGCGACGAUGGCUACGGCGACUUCCUCGAUGACAAGAGCAUAACUGCGCUUGGUGUCUUGCAGACUAUUGGCACGCUCAUCCUUACACUCGAAAGCACGCCGGAUGUUCUUACUCACCUCGAACAGAUCCUCAUGCCCGUCAUCACCAUCACCCUCGAGCACAAGCUGUACGACCUGUACAAUGAAGUCUUCGAGAUCAUCGACAGCUGUACAUUCGCCGCCAAGGUCAUUUCGCCAACAAUGUGGCAGGCAUUCGAGCUCAUCCAUCGAACCUUCAAGUCAGGUGCCGAGCUUUAUCUGGAAGACAUGCUGCCAGCGCUCGAGAACUUUGUUAACUACGGUUGGAGGACACUCCUCGAGAACCAAGCAUACCUCGACGCCAUUGUCGACAUGGUGCGCACUAUCUUCAAGGACGACAAGGUCGGCGGCGUUGACCGCAUCUGCGGCUGCAAGCUUGCUGAGAUCUUGAUGCUCAACCUCAAGUCUGGCAUCGAUAACUACGUGCCAGAGUUCAUCCAGCUGGCAAUGAACGUGCUCAACAAUGAUGAGCUCAAAGUGAAGUCGUAUAAGAUACACCUCAUGGAGAUGGUCAUCAACGCGAUCUACUACAACCCACGGCUCUCACUCGACGUGCUCGAGGCCAACGGAUGGACGAACAAGUUCUUCAGCUUGUGGUUUUCGGGCAUUGACAGCUUCACCCGUGUGCACGACAAGAAGCUUUCGAUUGGUGCUAUUGCGGCGCUCCUGACUCUGCGGGCCGAUGAGGUCCCUCAGAGCGUACAGCAAGGGUGGCCACGGCUGCUGCAGGGCAUUGUUCGUCUGUUCCAGACCUUGCCCGCUGCGCUCAAGAACAGAGAAGAGGCGCAACGUGAGGAGGACUUUGGCCUGAGCGGAGAUUAUGAUGACGACGAAGAGGAAGACGCCGAGUGGGAAGCCGAGGACUGGGAGGCUGAGGAGACAGAAGAGACGACCGACAUCAAGGACGAGAGCACGGCCUACCUUGAUUUCCUCAGUCAACAAGCGAGCAAGUUCAAUGCUGCAGUUGGCGAGGAUGAGGGCGAUGACGAGCUCGAGGAGGAGAGCUUACUCGAGACUCCACUGGACGCGAUGGAGCCGUAUGGUCUGUUCAAGGAGACACUGUCAAACAUGUCCCAACACCAACCUCAAUUCUACAACCAGCUUGCCGGCAUGCUCACUCCCGAGGAGCAACAAGUCAUCAAAUCAGCACUGGAGCAAGCUGAAAAGAUCCAACAGCAGCAGCAGAUGGCCGGCGCUCAAGCUGCAGCUGCGGGUCCCAGCCAGUCGAAUGGUGCAAGCUAA